CAUGGAUGAUCCGAGCAUCACCCUGUGGCUUGCGGCGACACACGGCAGAGGUUUGGACCAUCGCGGCCGCUGUAGCAGAAGGAGGAGGAGAGCAUGACUGGUCCUUUUGACGUGGAAUAUUUCCGUAAAGAGACGAUGGAGGAGUAGCAGCGUGUGGCCUCGAAGCUAUCCCGUAUUAACCUGACAUCGAGACGGGAUUUAGCCCUGAAUCCCGGUCUGAUCUGGGUUCACGGGAGUUGACGGACAACAGUCUUUAACAGGCUGAUCCCUUUCUGUUUCCCCGCCUCCCUCCGCUCAGCUACAAUCAUGAUAAAAGCCAUUUUAAUAUUCAACAACCAUGGGAAACCAAGGCUUUCUAAAUUCUACGAGCAUUAUAAUGAAGACACAGAGCAACAGAUCAUCAGGGAAACCUUCCACUUGGUCUCAAAAAGAGAUGAGAACGUCUGUAAUUUCCUAGAAGGUGGAAUGUUAAUUGGAGGAUCAGACUACAAGCUGAUCUACAGACACUAUGCCACACUGUACUUUGUGUUUUGUGUGGACUCCUCAGAGAGUGAACUAGGAAUUUUAGACUUAAUCCAGGUAUUUGUGGAAACGCUGGACAAAUGCUUUGAGAAUGUCUGUGAGCUUGACUUAAUUUUCCAUGUAGACAAGGUCCACAACAUUCUGGCAGAGAUGGUGAUGGGCGGGAUGGUCCUGGAGACCAACAUGAACGAAAUCAUCACACAGGUGGAUGCCCAGAACAAGAUGGAGAAGUCUGAGGCCGGUAUUGCAGGAGCACCUGCUCGUGCCGUAUCAGCUGUAAAGAACAUGAACCUCCCGGAAAUGCCCAAAAACAUCAACAUUGGUGACAUCAGCAUAAAAGUGCCAAAUUUACCCUCCUUCAAAUAGUGGCAGCGAGAUCCUGAACCUGCAGAUGUCGGCCAAUGUUUACCGUGAUGCAAUCUGUUUACCAAAACCUCAAAUUACUAACUUUUAUCAAAACUAUACAUCUUGAAGGUACUCUGUGAUUUGACACUCCUUGUUCUGGUGUUAUCUUUUUGUUUUUCCUAUUAAAGAAAAUAAUGUUUUACGUGUUUUGUUUUUUCUGUUGAAAGGAAAAAUGAAGUAUUUAUUUAUAAGUGGUACAUUCCUUCUGCCUCGUUGGGGUUUGGCCCUUGACGUUUAGCUGCUACAGUACAGAUCUGUGUCUGUUUGUACCUGAAAUGAUUUCACUGACUCAAGUGUUUACUUAAAAGAGAAAGCGUGGCUGGUAGGGAAGUUGUUGGUUAUUCCAGACUAGAGAAAUCAAUCAAUGGAGGAAAGAGCAUGAAAAUAUUUUGAAUACCAAAUUGAAACAGAUCUACUACAGUAUUGAAAGUCAUACAUUACAAAUCAGGCAAACAGUAAAGAAUAUUAUUAUAUUACAGAAAAUGCUGUGACAGAAAUAUGGAUAUAUAUCUAUAUAUAUAUAUGUAGAUAUAUAUGCUGAAAUUAUUUUUUUCUUUUCUUAUUUGUAUGCAGAAUAUUUUUAAAUGAUUUAUCAUGUCUUAUCAUAUUUCUCUUAAUUUUAAUCUGUGCAUGACUUUCUUUUCUUCUUUUUCAACGUAAUAAACUGUCGAAACUCAA